UGACAGAUUCAUGCGUAUUGCAGAAAUAUUCGCUUUUGUGCUGUUCUGUUCCUAAAAUUCAAUCAUUGUGAUAUAAUUUUAGUCCCCACAUAAGCUCUCUUUGUAAAUUCAAGCCACUAAUGUAAAAGUAUUUCGUGAAAAGUCAGUCUCAGCAUUUAUUGAUGCACAUCUGCACAAGCAAAAUCAUUUCCAAUCUAGUUGUGUACUAAAUCGUUCGUUUUGUUGUGAAUAAAGUUGCGAAUUCGGAGUGGUAAAACAGACCGAUAAUUAACGACAGAGUUACAACAUUUAUACCCGGAUCAACAGACAUAACAAAAGAAUUGAAGUCGUCACCUUUAAUUGUUUCAAUGAUGGAUUUUAACGACGAUCUAGAAAAUUGGAUGGGAAACUUACCGCAAGAGCUGAAAAUGAUUCCGAUCAUUAAUCUCGCGAUUCCUGGCUCACAUGAUGCUAUGUCGUACGGAAUCAAAAGCAAUGCACCUAUUGCUCCUGACGCAGAGCCGAUUGUAGCAACACUAAACAAAUUCAUACCCUGCAUAGUUAAACGUUGGGCUGUUACACAACGGUUGGACGUAAUAGACCAACUAAAAAGUGGCAUAAGAUAUUUCGAUCUGAGGAUUUGCAUGAAAAGGCCCGAGAAUAAAUUCUACUUUGUACAUGGAUUAUUUUGUGAGGAAAUCACUGAAUCACUCGAACAACUAAAGGAUUUUCUUCGUACUCAUCCGCGAGAAUUUGUCAUACUCGAUUGUCAACAUUUUUAUCUGUUUAACCCAACGGAUCAUUGCAUGCUCUCCGCUGAAUUGAACCGGAUAUUUGACAAGAAAAUAUACUCGCGAAAUGUCAGUCAGUUAAAGGAUUGUACUCUUGAAUCUGCUACUGGCAAUGGUAAACAGGUGCUAAUCGUGUACAGAAGUGAUGCGUGCGUGAAUGAUCGUUUCUGGCUGAGUCAAGAUUGGCCAACGCCCUGGCCUAAUGAAAUAAAAGUUAAGAAGCUCCGUCAGUAUCUUGACGAAUCUAUAGCACAACGCAGUCCGGAUACUGGUUAUGUUUCGCAAUGCGUGCUCACGCCAACAGUUCGUUAUAUUGUUCCGCGCUUUUUUUCAUCGCUUCGAAAAACCUGUGCGAAAGAAGUCGAUAAGAAACUUACCGAUUGGAUUAAACUACAAACGCCAGGGAUAUUUGGUACUGAUGAAAAACCUAAGUCUAAUGUAUUUUUGGCCGAUUUUGUUGACAUCCAAGAUAGUCAUUUUUGCAAAAUUGUCGUAGGUCUAAACAAAAAAAUUCUUGAUCAAAAUAAUAGUGCACAAAGUUCUCCGUCGCGAAAAAGUAAUUAAAUUCUUCAAGAAAAUAACAUGUCGUGGACAAUCAUAGUAAUUCUGAAGUCUUCUUAACGAAAAAGUUAUAAAUUAUGCAGUUCAGCGCAAAACAGAUGUAGAUAGAAAAAAAAUAUUUUCAGUGUGUAGGCUUAGAAUCAAGUGUGAAUUUUCUGUGAUGGUAUCAACAUUGUGUCUGAUCUCAGUUUUACCUAGACUAAAUCUAUCAUAAACCUUCAACUACUCAAACGGCUUAACGCACAGCCUAAGAAGUAGGCUGGUUAUAGUCACAAUGAAAAGAUAAUUUGUUAUUAGGAAAAAUUUAAUUCCAAGCCGUAUAUAAUAAUACUUAAACGGUAAGACGAUCAAAUAUGAAAUAAUGAAUUUAUCGCUGCAUGCGAAGAUAUAGAUAUGAUCAACAACAUAACAGUAAUAGUUAUAUUAAAAUUCCAUGCAAAAUUGUUCAACUGACACCCUAAUCAUUCCAAAUUUUUUAAAAAUUGGCAAUUGUUUUCGCUGAUGCAUAAAAUCGUAUAACUAGAAUGCUGUUCAAUUAAAGUAAAAUUUAUUCUCUCUUGUUUUUUCAUUUUUUUUUCUCUUCCUCUUUUUCUUGUAAUUUAUUUACUUAAAGUCUAGUAAAGUACAUGCAAAUUAAGGGUCACGAAAUAUCUUAUGCUUUUAGUGAGGAUCACUGCGCGUUCCCUGAGCGAGCUACUUAAAAGUUAGCCUAGUUAACGUGCUUGGUAGAAACUUCAGCUGCAUUAUUGGACACUUCUUUCAGGAUUUCCUGUUUGAAACUUUUCAAUUGGAUUAAUUUUUAUUACUAACCAAAUCCCAGCCACUGAAAAUGAGCUGAAACUGUUAUAUUUUAAAACUAAAAUUUCUCUCAACGGUUUAUCAUUAAAUGAUAAAGUUAUUUUUCUCAUUAUAAUAAGAAUUUUGUGAGAAUAUUGCGGAUUUACGAUUUCGUAAAUGCUCUUAUUCUGAAUUUCAAAGAACUACUAUAAUUCUGAAUGUUCAAAGUGGUACAAUGUUUUUCGAAUAAUAAUUAUAGAGACCAGGGAAAAAUUUUUGGUGCUAACUUCAGGCGUUUUUCCAUUCCACUUAAUAAUUGUAUAUUUUGUAUAAAAUUUUUGUUCAAAGGAACAUUAACAUAGCCUUUAGAAUUUAGUAUAUUUAUCAUCGGGCUAAAUACUUAUAACUAGUUUUAAUCUUUUUCCAAUCACGCUCGUUUUAGGUUAUUUUAAACUUGUAUACUUUGUUUUUUCAUAGUUUAAUCUGUGAAAAACUACUCAUUUCAGUAUUUGUUUUUAUGUGGGUAAAAACAUGUUACCACUAUGACAGAAGUACACACCGGUAGCAAUGUUUAUCUAGCAUCUUAUUUUAUAACGCGUGGAAUACUGUUAUGCACAUUACAUAAACAUAGUCAAAAUAAUAGGGAUUGCCAGUGCCCAUGAACAGGUAUCAGCGUAAGAAAUCUACAUCACUAUCAUCAAUCAAAUUAAAUCGAAUACUGUUCGCGCACGGCCCUACGUUGUGUUCUAUUUCGCCCUUUGGCACCUUGAAACCCCAUGGGCUUCAACGUUUUCCGAAUGAAGGGGUCCGGCAGGUGAGGGCACGGCUCCGAAUAUCAACACGAGGAGGCAGGGCUCCGAAGGGUGGAGGUACGACUCCGAAUAUUUACACAAAGGAGGCUAGGCUCCUGGAGGCAUCGCUCCGAAAGGGUGGAGGCAGGGCUCCGAAACAGCGUGGACGCACAGGUCCGUUAAUGGAGGCACUAAUCCAUAAACAUCACUUUGUACAGACGCGUGGGUCCGGGAUGAAUACACAGCUCCAUCGAAAGCAGGCACGGCUGCUAACCAUUCCAAGGCGGGGACGCAUGGAUCCAAGGGGAGGCACGGCUCCAAACACACAUAAUGACGCAGAGGUCCAGGCGGAGGUCCGACUCCGAAAACUCGUAGACGCAGCGGUCCGGGUGGAGGUUUACCUCCGUUGAAAACAGUCAGGUAACUGACGUGAACUGAAAAUUAUCACAGCGUAAACGUACUGCAUUGUUGCAGAUAAGAAUAAAUACUUAACUAAGCAGGAUUGUGGGGCAGCAGUUUUCGGUCGCCGCGGUUGACCUAAACGCGCUACCCCUAGAGGCAUCGGUAACUGGAACCACCUGGCCACCUUUUACUUGUGGCUACCCAUGAUGAAACGGAUGAAAGUCGAUUCGUCCCGUUGAUCAGCAUUCCUUGAAACUAGUGGACGGCACGGUAACGGUAAAUCUCUACUGCUUGUGCGUCGCUGUCCCCGCACUGAGUGGCGCACGGGAAUUAUUGUCCGAAGAUGUUUCACACUACUUUUCACGUUAUCGGUUGCAAAUUGGAAAAAUUCGUUCGUUUGAUUUUCACACAACCUUGUAGUCCGAAAUCCACUCAAUUUUCUACGUACAAAUAGCUUUUGUUUCCACUCACCACACAUUUUUGAUUGUUAUUGUUGCCAUUGCGUUACGGCAAAAUUGGUGGCUUUGUUUCCCUGCCGACUACCGACUGUCGGCUCACAUUCAACGCGUGAGGGAUAAAUCGUAAACGUAAAAAAUUAAGGCUACUGACAUACUUAGGCCUCAAAUGAAGCGAAGCGUUGAGCGUUUGAGAAGCGGAAUAAACAGAAGCGUUGGGUGAAGCUUCCUAUGACAUACUGGAGCGAGCGUCGCAAAUGCGUUGUGUUGUCAUAUUCCUAGAUUCCAAUAGCGGUUUUGUUUAAAGGAAAUAUGAAUUCGUCCAAUGAAGAUUUUUUUGCUUCUUCAAGCACGGUAAAUUACGUUUUUAGUAAACAGAGAUUUUUUUAUGAAAUAAAAUAAUAUUACUGAAGUGAGUUGCGCUACAGACGUAGUAAAAAAAAUAAGAAAUUAUCCUAAAUUUUAAACCCGUUGACCCCGAGCAACGUUCAACUAGUUUAUAAUAUCUGUUAGGAUUUGAAUAACCAAUAAGAGCACAGCUAGUUACUCAGCGGCUUGCAUUUUCGCGACCAAAGAAGUUUAGCAUGCUAGAUUUCUGGCCAUUCAAAUCAAAACUCAACAAUAUCAAUCAAUAAUAUCAGUGCUAUUUUCCCGACGACCUGAAAAUUUUUCCCGAUAGUAUUUUCUAUCCUACUUCUUUUCUUUUUUAAGAUUUAAGACCAAAAUAAAGCAAAUAUUAAGUACCUGGCGAUAUCAGGUUUAGUCUGAACAUGGAUUUACUGCACAACCCUCUUCUAAACAUUUUAACAUUUUCUAAAUGAAAAUGUAUUUAUUUGCUUUUUCCAAUUACCAAACCAAAACAAAGCAAAUAUAAAGCACCUGGCGAUAAAAGAUUUAGUCUGAAUAUGGUAUUACCGCGUACAUAUACGCGCGUCAAAACACUACUCGUUCUGUUUCGCCGCCUCUAUCGACGCGUCUUUGCCGCUCCAGUAUGACCGGUUCGAGCGUUUCAUAUAGACGUUCGAAGAAGUAGCUCUGACGCUUUUGCGACGCUUUUUGCUUCGCUUCAUUUGACGCCUCAGUAUGUCAUUAGCCUAACACUUUACUUAGCCGUGUAGGUUUAGCUCGAUGCGGGUGACGUCCCGUUAGUAAAAAUUGGCGCUCGAACACUCGCGGGUGAUGCCAAAUUGGCGCGAUCCUGGUCACGGCACCAAAUAUGUUCGCGCACGGCCCUACGUUGUGUUCUAUUUCGCCCUUUGGCAUCACGGGUGGGGCAAUUACGACCCAGGGACGAGCGUUCUUUCGACACGACAACACAAUACUAACGUUCACUAUACUAAGUACAUUUAUUCUAAACGGAAAAUAUUUACAAGUGAGCAGCGUGCCGGCGCUGUCGCCGGACGCAAAUUGACUAACCACAAUGAACUGAACACAAGCGCAGCUGUAGAGAGCGCUUUUAUAGACUGUCUCUUGGACGGCAGCAUUGUCGAGCCAAAACAAAGCUGAAAAUAAGCGCGCGCAAACCAGCGUCGCUUGGGCCUCAGCUGGUCACUCACGGAUGACAGUAAUGCCCAGCUGAGGCGGGAGUUUUGGCACGAACAAAUACAUAUAGAAACCAUCGUCUGUUUUAAAAACCUAUGAAUUUUGUUAGCCAACUCCUGGAAGCCUUGGACGCUUAAAGUCGUACUGUGGGGAUUUCCAGGAAUAGCAGAAACUAAACUUAAAUUCAUAUUUAAUAUUGGCAAUUUUUGUCCAACUAAUACUGUGUUUAUUUUUUAAUAUGGAAUUAUCUUGUGCGCCAAAGAGGUGCUGAAAAAAUACGAAUUUACUCGGAAUGAAAUGCUUACAUCAUACUCAAAUAUACAUGCAAAAACUUGUAAAAUCUUUCAAAAUAUCGGGAAAUUAUACUGGCACCGUACAAAAACGCAAUUUGUGAUAAAAUUCGAUGUUAAAUGGUGAAUUAUAUAAUUUAUUGUAGAAUGUUGUGAG